AUGUCUGCAGUGGUGGCCCAGUGCCACUACAGCUUUGGUUUGCAGAGGGGCGUGGCCAAUAACCUGUUCUACUUUGAUGAGCAGACUGUCAUCUUCCCAUCCGGGAACAACUGUGUUCGUUAUAACAUUGAUCAGAAAUGGCAGAGGUUCAUCCCAGGUUUGGAGAGGAGUCAGGGAAUGUAUGCCCUGGCUAUCAGCUCAAACCGCCGCUACCUGGCGGUGUCGGAGCGUGGAGAGAGGGCCACCAUUACGGUGUACGACCUGCAGCACGAGCAGAGCCGGAAGAGGAAGGUGCUGAAUGGAGGGGACAUCCAUGUCCAGGAGUUUGUCUCCAUGGCCUUCUCCACCGACUCCAAGUACUUCAUUGGCCAGUCAGGGGCGCCAGACUACACCCUUUUCUACUGGAUGUGGGAGAAGCAGAAGGUCAUGGCCAUGGUGAAGACCACUGUGGCCGCUAAUCCAGUCAACCAGGUCAGCUUGAACCCAUACGACAACACCCAGAUCUGUGUGAGUGGGAAUGGGGUCUUCAAGCUGUUCCGCUAUGCAGAGGGGGUUCUGAAGCAGUCCACCUUCCAUAAGCAAGAGACCCAUAACUUCCUAUCCCAUGCCUGGAUGUCUGAGGGGAGGGUGAUUGCAGGGACAGAAGCAGGCAUACUGAUGGUGUUUGAGUCUGGAGACCUCCGAUGGGACAUGAGUGUGACCACCAAGACCACCAUGUCACAGGACCCAGACAGGUGGGCAUAAGGAGAGAGGCUUGUGCUAACACAUGCAGAGGGAAAUGAUGAAGAGACCCCUCAGUUGCCACGGGUUACGGCCAUCACAGCUUACUCGAAAGGCUUUGCCUGCUCGGCCGGUCCUGGGACUGUGUAUCUGUUUGAGAGAACCGACGACAAGGACAACUAUAGGAAGACCAGGGAGAUCAGGAUCCCCCCAGACCAGUGCAGUCACGAUCCCAGCCAUGCAGAGCAGCAGCAGAUAGUCUCUCUGGUCAUCAGUCCAUCAGAGGAGACAGUAGUGACCAGCACAGAUCGUGGUCAGCUCUACAGUAUCACCCUGUCCUCUGCUGAGAUGAGCAAGGGGGAGCAGGUCCAGUUUGAGUUCCUGUCCCACUCUUUCCACUCUGGGGCUAUCACCGGCCUGUCCAUCUGCAUCCGCAAGCCCAUCAUCGCCACCUGCUCCCUGGACCAGUCUGUACGCAUUUGGAAUGUUGAGACCAACACCCUCGAGCUGUAUAAGGAGUUCCAGGAGGAGGCGUUCAGCAUCGCCCUCCACCCGUUUGGCCUGUUUGUCAUGGUUGGCUUCUCUGACAAGCUGCGACUUAUGAACCUGCUCAUAGACGACGUCAGGACCUUCAAGGAGUUCACCGUGCGAGCCUGUAGAGAGUGUGCCUUCAGUCACGGAGGACACCUGUUUGCUGCGGUCAAUGGAAACAUCAUCCACAUCUACUCCACCACCACGUUCGAGAACGUCCUCAACCUCAAAGGACACAAUGGGAAGGUGCGCUCCAUAGCCUGGAGUGGUGAUGACAGCAGGCUGGUGUCGUGUGGUAUGGAGGGGGCUGUGUACGAGUGGAACACCCUGACCGGCAAGCGGGAGUCGGAGAGCGUCCUCAAGUCCUGCAGCUACACCAGCGUCACCAUCUCCCCUGACGCCAAGACUAUCUUUGCCGUGGGGACCGAUUGUACCCUGAAAGAGAUCCAGGCCUGUCAAAUCCUACGUGAAGUGCCCGCUGAAGAUGUGGCUUACACCACCAUCGCUAUGUCCCGUUCUGGGCGCACGCUUUUCACUGGGACCUCCAUCGGAACCAUCAGGGCCAUCAAGUACCCCCUGUCCACCCAGAAGGACUGGAUCGAGUACCAGGCCCACUCUUCACCUGUCACCAAGAUGGUGAUCACUUUUGAUGACCAGUACCUGCUGACGGUAUCUGAGGACGGCUGUCUGCUCAUCUGGAAGAUCAUAGACAAGGAGUGCCGCGGCCUGAAGAGAGACAAGGAGAUCACCUACGCUGAGGAGAUCCUCAUCACCAAGUCAGACCUGGAGGAGAAGAACCAGCUGAUGUUAGAGCUGAAGACACGUGUUGAGGAGCUGAAGAUGGAGAAUGAGUACCAGCUCCGUCUGAAGGACAUGAACUACAACGAAAAGACCAAGGAGCUGUCAACUAAUUUUGUUCGGCAGAUGGAGUCGCUCAAGACCAACAUACAGAUCCUGAAGACGGAGAGAGACAAUAUGGAGGUAGCUAAUCAGGAGACCAUGUUCGAGGUCGUGGAGAAACACUCCAAAGACCUGCAGGAUAUGGAAUCGGCCAACAGUCAGAAGUUGAUGCUGGAAUAUGAGAAGUACCAGGAGCUGCAGUUCAAGUCUCAGCAGAUGCAGCAGGACUACGAAAAGCAGCUGCAGCAGAUGGACGAGAGCAAGACUGCUGCCCUGGAGGAGCUCACCCUCUACUACGACGGAAAGAUGCAAGAGAAACUACUGGUGCUGGAGCAGUGUCAGGAGGAGUCUCGUAUCCAGGCGAGGGAGUUUGAGGAGAGCAGGAAGCAGAUGGAGGAGGAUGGAGACAGGGAGAUCCAGGACAUCAGGAUCCGCUACGAGAAGUGGCUGAGGGACGAGAGGGAGACCAACAUGCGCAUGAAGAGAGACACUGGCAUCAUGAAGAAGAAGUUCAGCAGCCUGCAGAAGGAUAUAGACAACAGCAACGUGGAGAUGGAGAGGAUGAAGUUGGAGCAGCAGAAGCUACAGGCCAUCGUCAAGUCCUUGGAAAAGGACAUCCUGGCUCUGAAGAAAGCGAUCCAGGAGAGGGACGAGACCAUCCAAGACAAGGAGAAACGCAUCUAUGAUCUGAAGAAGAAGAACCAGGAGCUGGGGAAGUUUAAAUUUGUCCUGGACUACAAGAUCAAAGAACUGAAGAAACAAAUAGAGCCCAGAGAGAAUGAUAUCAAGGAGAUGAAGGAGCAGAUCCACGAGAUGGAGGAGGAGCUGGAUACCUUCCACAAGAAGAACACUCAGGGGGAGCUGGACAUCGCUGAGCUGAAGCUCAAACUCACCACGACUGACAAGGAAAUGCACAAGGGCCUGCAGAAGGUGAGAGAUCUGGAGGCCCUGGUACGCAGGUUCAAGACGGACCUCCAUAACUGUGUGGGGUUCAUCCAAGAGCCCAAGAGGCUGAAGGACAGCAUCAGAGACCUGUACGACCGCUACGCACAGCAGAGUGACGUGCUGGAUAAAAGUAGUGUGGACGCAAACGUCCAGAGGGAGUACGCUCGGCAAAGGGAGCACCUGGAGAGGAACGUGGCGUCUCUGAAGAGGAAGCUGGCCCAAGACAGCGUGGUCCACCAUGCUGACAACGUCAAGAUCAUGCAGGAGAACGUGACUCUGAUCAGUGAGGUCAAUGACCUGCGCCGGCAGCUGCAUCUGGCGCGUUCCCAGGUCCAUGACUGCAAGAGUCUGGUGGGAAAGAAGGGCCUGAAGCAGACCAACACACUCAAAGCCCUGCUGUCUCCCAGGGCCAACCCCAGUAACGUGGUGGUCCGUCUGAAUGAGGAGGACGAAGGGGACCGCAUCAUCCAGCUGCAGCGCCUGGAGAUCCAGAGACUGAGAGAGGAGAUCCAGGUCCUGAUGAAGACACACCACUACAGACCCCCCUCCACCGCCAAGCUACCCUCCCUCCAAACCAACACAUAA